AAUGACAAAUAAGGAGAAUUAACAAUUACGGCUAAAGUCCACAUACUGUAUAAAUAUGUGCAUGGACGAUCAAGAAGUUGCAUUGUCUCUCAAAACCUAAAAACUAUUACUCGAUCACCAUGUCUUUCGCAACCAGAAUGAUGACCAUUAUACUCUCUCUUCAAAUCAUUACAGCUUUUCUCUUUAUUACCGCCACAGCCUCAUCACCUCCCAGCGGCUUCACCGUGGACCUAAUCCACCGUCGCACUAAUUCAUCUUCUUCUCAACGCUCUAAUGUUGAUGGUCAACUCCGAUCAUCUCCUUACGCCGACGUCUUCUUUGAAACGUCCGAGUAUCUUAUGAAACUCAAAAUCGGUACUCCUCCUGUCGAGAUUGACGCAGUCUUAGACACAGGAAGCGAGAUCAUAUGGACACAAUGUCUGCCUUGUCUUAACUGCUACAACCAACGCAAUAUAAUAUUCGACCCUUCGAAAUCCUCGACCUACAAAGCGAGAACAUGCAAUACCGGUAACCCUUCUUGUAACUAUAAUUUGGUCUACGGAGACCAAAGCUACACCAUAGGAAGCUUAGCAACCGAGACCGUCACCAUCCAAUCCACUUCUGGCCACUCCUAUGUAAUGCCUAAAACCGUUAUUGGAUGUUCGCACAACAGCUCAGGGUUUGUAACAACCGCUUCGGGCAUUGUUGGUCUAAGUUGGAUGUCUUUAUCUCUCAUCUCUCAGAUGGGUAAAGACAUGCUCGGUGCCUUUUCUUACUGCUUUUCGCCUGAGGGAACUAGUAAGAUCAGCUUUGGAAGUAAUGCUAUUGUGUCGGGAGAUGGGACUGUAUCAACACCUAUGUUUACGAAGACGGAGAAACCUGGUUUCUAUUACCUAAACCUAGACGCCGUCAGCGUUGGGGAGGCUCGCGUUGAAACAUUGGGGACUCCGUUUCACGCCGUAGACGGGAACAUGUUGAUAGACUCUGGAACCACCUUCACCUACUUGCCCGCUAGCUACUGCAGCCUGGUGAGGGAGUCGGUGGAAAAGGUUGUGACUGCGGAACUAUUUACUACCUCGGACGGCACGCAUUGCUACAAAACGAAGACGAUGGAUAUCUUCCCAGUGAUCACAUUGCAUUUCUCUGGGGGUGCAGAUCUUGUUUUGGAUAGAAACAAUACUUAUAUGGCUUACGGAGAAGCCAUUUGUCUGAUGAUUAUGUGUAGUCCAAUGACACCAGUUGCUGAAGCGGCCGUUUUUGGUAACAGAGCACAGAACAACUUCUUGGUUGGUUAUGAUCGUUCGUCACUACAGUUUUCGUUUAAACCCACCGAUUGUGGAGUUACAGAAGACAAAAAACCAAGAGACUCAACUUCUGCAGCAUCGUUUUCACAGUUUAACAUUAAGUUUGUUUUAUUUAUAGUUGUCCUUUCACUAAUAAGACUAUAGAGAAUGGGUUUGUUUUAUUUUUAUAUGUCCUUUCAUUAAUAAUACUCUAGAUAAUGGAUUUGUUUUAUUUAUAUUAUGUCGUUUCUAAUAAUACCAUAGAGAAUGGAUUUGUUUUAUUUAGUUUGUCCUUUCAUUAAUAAGACCAGAGAGAAUGGAUUUGUUUUAACCAGCAUCAAUAUGCAAAUGAGUAGUUGAGUCGCACUCAUAAACGAAUAACAUAUGACCUUUUAGACAUCUCCGCCAUAAGUUUUCUCGCCUUUUCCAUUGAUGAUGUAGGAAAAUACUCCAUCUGAACCGAUACACACAUCCUUAAGCUUACAUCCAACAACUCUAAAUCUAGACCACAAGAUACAAGGCAAUCCUCUAAAUGCAUAAUUAUUGUUCAAGAGUUCCUCAUCUAUGUUAAACAUUAUAAAUAGCAUGACGAAUCAUCACCAAAUGCAAAUUAAUAACCCCAUAUAAUACCCUUUCGAUGACUGAUUACAAUACUAAGAUUGAGAUAAUAAGAGGCAGGAUUCCAGUAUACAACAAGUUCAUCUUCUAAAUUCUAAUGCAUCGACACUGUUCAAUGUUUGACUCUUUUAAGAUUAGCAUUUUAAAUAGCAUCACCAAAACAGCCCCAAGCAGUAUCAUCAUAGAUAUGCAGCAUCAGCAUUGUUAUUAAGGAACACUGGAAACAUAUAUUUUCGAGAUACUAUACUUGGUGAUGAUUACAUGCCUCCAACCUAUAUUGAUUGAUCAUCAUCGCUAAGAUAAACAGUAAUUUUAGCUUCAUACCUCCAAACUAUACCUCCAACAUUCACAGAAUGAGUCGAGACGGAGCAACUGAAUGUGCGAUUUUUCCUUGGCCAGCAAAAGUAGAUGUUAAAGUAAAUUGUGAAUUUAUCGAAUCUGAUCAUUAAUGUUUAUCAUCUUUCUGUGAGUCAAAUGUAGGUUUAGAUAGUAAGAUUAUUUGAUAAAAGGAUAGAUAUCAUGAAAGUGGACUGAUCUCGAUCUGUUGUUAGAGUUUGAUACUUAUUUGUUAAGUUCCUUGAAUAGUUGUUUGGUUCUUGAUAGUAAACCUCAUGGAUCAUCGCCCUAGUUAGCUUCAUUUUAAUCUGAUGAUGUAACAGUUAGUAAUAGUUUUUUUUUUUGGGUCAACUCAGUUAGUAGUAGUUAAGACAAUGCCCACAAGUUAAGAGACAUGGGCAAGCGAGGCGGCUUUGUAUUUUUUUUCCCCUUCUUUCUCUAAGAACAUUGGAAUAUUUCUCGAGCUAUUUACACUGAAACACACAAUUCUUAUCCUCAAUAACACAAAGACACACAUAAUACUGGUUGCACACUUUGUAUCAUGGAAAACGCCUACUAUAUCCUUAACUAGACACCAAACUAAUUCACAUCUCUUACAACUUAUCCUGUUUUCCCUUAUUAUUUUCGAAACCAAUGUCCCCUAAAACCAAAAAAAUUCCCCCAUUUUUUUCAUAUCUCUUCCAACUCGAUUAUCUUGUCCCCUCCACUUUCGAUCUCUGGCAAAGCUUCGUCCCCUCCACUUGCAAUUUCCGGCAAAGCUUCGUCCCCUCCACUUUUGAUCUCUAGAAAACAACCAUAUCAUUGUGAUUCCUCCUGCAUCCUGACCUCCGAACCUCACCUUUUAAACCUUAGUUGUAAAAAUCUAUGUCGCUCUCUUCCCUCACCAUGACCGUAUGUAAAAGAUAUUCAAUCAUCCAAGUUUUUCGUUGUGCAAUUAAUUUAUGUAAUUGUAUUUCUCACAACCGAUUUUCCAGUUGCUUAAAACACAAGGACAAAAUGGUAAAAUGCUCUGCUACGGAUGAUGGCCGCGACCAUCUCUAGCCUGCGAAGUGAGCCCGCAAAAUCAAGUACCUCGUUCGCGACCCACACAUCCCGCGGUAGCACCUUAUGAAAUGGCCUGGUCGGAUUCGUCGUAACACGGUCACGGCCUGCCUUCACCCGCGAACGCCACCCGUGAUCUACCUCUUCACUUCGCGGCCUCCACUUCCUGCGAUUCACCCUGGUUGAAUCUCGACAUCUUGACGUAGAGAAAUUGCAUGCAUGCUCUGAUUGCGGCUGUGAACCGCGAUCACCGAGUACCAUCGCAGCCUCUUGUUGUCUGCGAAAGGAGCCUGCUACGGCACCAUCACAGCCACCGUGCCUCCUCCACGAUUCUCCACCGUGUCUUAUGAAGCUAGCAUCCUCCGUCAUUGUCGUGGUCAAGCUCGAGCUCGUGCUCACCGUCGUCUCUUCCUCCUGUAGAGAAUCUUAAAACAAGAAAGAUUCAAGCUUUAUAAAGCCUUAUUGAUACAAAAUGAAAUAGCUUGUUAAAGCUUUAUUUAGUGCAAGAAAUUAAAGAGAAAAAAAAAACUUUAGACUUGUCUUCAAGAACACAAAGAUUCUAUUAAUAUAAUAAGAGUUUUGAAUGAAGCUGCUACAAUGGCAGCCAAGGUUACAACCAAAAAACAUCUAAAGACAUAUUUAUAUCAGUCUAGAAAUCCUAACACGUGAACUAUUGAGACUUCUUAAUGGAUCAUAAGUGGGCCUUCAGUGUGGGUUUCAAUACCUCCACCACCACAAACUCUCACUUGUCUAAGCUCUCCACCGUAGCUCACAGCCGCAUAAGCUUUAAGCCUCGUCCCAAUCACAUGGCUGAGCCUUAUUGAAACCCUAGAGUCACUGUAGCUCUACCGGUGACAAGGACCUCGCGACAAGCCGACACCGUCGGGAUCGAAGCAAAAAGGAACGACAAUGGUGAUCUUUAGCGUAUUUGCAAAUUUGGUCCUUUCACUUCUGGUUUUUUUUUUCAAUUGGCCCCAAACUUUCUGAUUUGCAAAUUUAACAUUGAAUUUCACCAUUAACUUCCAAUUGUGCAUUUUAGACCCUGUCAAAUGCAAUUAUGUAUGCAAAUACAAUUUAACACCUAAAUGCAACCUAGAAUGAUCAUAAAAUAAGCAUAAAUAUGAAUUUAAAACUCAUCAAAAUCAAGAGUAUCACCGAGAACGAGCCUCACGACCUGAACCUCCCCUCUAGGUUCUUUGCGACAUACCAUUUCCCCAACAACAAGCUCAACAUCUAUUGCAAAUUAGACUUGUUAACAUUUCUCAACCACACGCUCAAACACACUAUGGUGUUGUAGACCCUUUGACAGUCUUGCUUCAGGAAAGCUCUUCGAACUUCCUCUCGACACAGCUGCCAUCUCAUAUAACCUGAUAUACUCUCUCCUAACCAGAAAACUGAUAACAUAAAUUAAGUGUGUUAUGUGGGAAGUCUUUAGACAAAAUGCCAACCCAUCCACAUAUGUGUAUGAUUUUGUGGACAGUCUCCAAACCCAUCCAUAUUAUCCCAUCUGCUAAGAUAUAUAAAUUUAAAAGAAAUGCCAACCCAUCUAAUAUACAGAAUCCAAAAUAUCAAACGCUACUACUUCUCAACUACUACACUCCAUCCUAUGAAACAACUAUAAAACCUAUUGAAAUAAUCAACCUAAAUCAUAUCUAUUACCACAUUUAAAAACAUUCUAAGUGUGUAAAGUUUACCAUCAACAAACUU